UCGGACUUGCGUCCGCGCCGCCGUUGAAUUGAUUUUUAUAGCGACUUUUAAAUACAUAGAAAAAUUGUUUUAUCUCAGAAACAUGGUGUUUUUUAUAGGAUUAUAAAUAAAAAAUCUAUAAAGGACAGUUUUAUAUCAUUAUGAAUGUUAUUUUAUCAUGGCAGAAGCUUGUAGGCUUGGAACUUUAACUAACAAAAAGACUGCAUGCACUCAAGAUGAAAACUAUUGUGUUUUUAAUGUUUUGAGUGUAUUUAUAUCACUUGUAUCUAUACUUGCGGAUUUAACUACUGAUGUUUUAGUAUUUGCGGAAUAUUGUAAGGAUGGUUAUUUAUAUUGGGCAUUCUCAACAAUGAUAUUUAUAUUGUGCCCGAAUAUUUUAAUUAAUAUUUUUUCACUAAGAUGGUAUAUAAUUGAUACGCAAGUUAAUCUUCGUAACUGGAUAACACAUUGCUGUUUGGUUGGAUUGUUGGAGAGAUAUAUUAUAUUUUUGCAGAAGGUAUUCUCAUGUAAAAAUUUAGAGUCAAUGAAAACACAGAAGUUAAUAAACCAGAGAAAUGAUCUUAGUUUGUUGCAUUUCCUGUACAUAUUCACGGGGACUGUACCACAAAUUAUAUUACAGACAUAUUCUGUUGUUAUGUUUAAUGGAAAUUAUCAUACAAAAGUGUUUGCUCUGGUAGCAUCGAUAGCAUCUGUGAUAUGGGGUUGCGUGACAUACAUAUACAGCAUCACCACAUUCACCACCGAUAACUUCAAAUGGAGUUCCAUAGUUUUAAAACUGACAUGGUAUUUUGGAAUUUUGAUAGGAAGGAUCGCCGGUAUAUUAUUGUUCAGCAUAAUUUUCGGUAUAUGGGCACUUAUACCUUUAGGCUUACACUGGUCCGCGAUGACGUUUUGGAUAAUCACACAGAAGACGACGUUCUGUCCCAACAAAUUAGAAGAGACUUUUUACAAUGCCGUGAUGGGAUUCGUGUAUUGUUUCUGUUACAUCAAUCUUAGAGAGGGUCACACUAGAUACAGACUGUUGAUGUUCUACACUCUGAUAGUCACCCAAAAUUUCGGCAGUUUGUUCCUAUACAUACUGAUAUCAGACUUGGAGAUACAACGGAGGCCGUGGUCAAUCGCUGCCACCGUCUGUGUGAUAACUGGAACAGUUAUCGGUAUCGUGGCAAUGAUGUUGUACUACAGAUUUUUUCAUUCCAAAGGACCCAUACCAUGGAAGAAUUCCCAAGACGACGUUGAAUUAAACAAUAAAACUGUGACGCAGAGUAACGAUACAAAAAAUAAUAAAAUUAAAGGCUUGAACAAUGUCAGAUCAUUUAAAACUUAUAACACAGCCAUGGAGGCAGAAAGGAACGAUACCACAAGCGGCAACCAGCCACUAGCACAAGGCGAUAGUCAAAAUGCUGAUAAGAAAUUCCUAUUGGACCAUUGGAUUGCAAGAUCUGGUUCACCCACUUUCACAUCAGCGCCGGUUGGGAACGCUAGCAUGGAUUCCAGUAUCGAGCUGUACACAGUCGAGAACACUCCGCAGACGAUCCUCAGAGAGAAUACGAAUAACACGACGAACAUCAAACCCAAAAAGAAAAUAUGUUUUCCAACCGAGCUUAACCUGAAAUUGUCGUCAUUGGAAAACUUAGAAAGCUCCAUCGACGAGCUGACGAAGACCACCCUGAACAUACAGAAGCGACGUGGUAUCUGCUCGUCUGACGAGUUGAGGGACGAUUUGAACAAUCUCAACCUACAGGCCUGUAAUAUCGUGAACGAGGCGUUCGCGAAAUCACUGAAGAACGACCACAGUUCGGAGCUCAGUCAUGACACAGACGGCUCCAACAAGAAAACCUCAUCGGAUUCCAUCGAUAUGGAUUUAGAUCUAAGUUUCAGCGACAUCAACAGCUCCGACAUAAACACGUUCAACGAGAACAUAGUGCAGAAGCUCUGUCUGAGCGCGCUCAAGAACAUUAAAGUCGGCAACCAGGACGCGGACAUCGAGAACAUACAAAGGAUAGCACUAGACAUACUCAAAGAAAUGUAUACAAAGAAAGACAAGGUAAAAAACGGUAUAACGACCGAUCUGUUCCAGUCCAAGCGAGAUCUCGAUACGCCAACCGAGAUCCUGUCCGUGCACGACUACGAGAACAUCUGCGCCGUCAACAUAGCGAGGGAAGCUUGGGGUUUACGGUCUUGGAAUGGCUACUGCGAUAUCGAGAACUGGUUACACGACGGCAGCGUGGUUAGAGACAGAAGCAGAGACACGCUGACUUCAGGCAGCUCGGAAAUAAGCAGCUGUUUAUCGCAGGAACUAAAAAAUGCUAUACUAUCAGCCCCAUCAUUCCCCAGGAAACCGCACACUUAUUCAAAUGUCUUCGUCAAAUUUGAGAGAAGCAGCCAGGAGGAUUACACCAACACUAUGAUGUGUCAUUCAAACGAUGACACCUUCUUAGCUAAACCAUGUAUCAUAGAUCUGACUAAAGACCCCAAUCAUUUGGAACCGAUACUAGAAGAACUGGACGAUCUGGGCGAUAUUGAUGUUUCGUGUAAGAAAAGACUGAAUUCUGAGAGCUCUCUUGUGGCUACUAUAGACGAAAUAAGAAAGGCCACUACAACUAAUUCCCCUAGAAAUCCAUAUUAUAGGAGGGAACAAUGGGACAGUCAGUGGGAUUCACCUCAAUUCCAUUCAGACACCACGGAGAUUAGUUUAAAGAAAGCCAUUUGGAAAGAACCGUAUAAAUUUAAUUCGAGCAAUAAAAUGGACUCAUUACAGGAGAAAGACAUCGCCAUUGGUUCGUCUCACAGCUCUAAAUUUGAUUGCAGCAAGGAUUUGAACGUCCUGCCGCUAUCUGCUAAGCUUAACGUUAAUACCGCCCAAAACAAAAACAUUCCACGGAGGCAGAAGAUGAAUUCUACUAAAAAUCAAAAUAAGAAACUUAACAAUAAGUCAGAACAAGUCCACGACCUGUCUAAUAAAGAUAUAGACUUCUUGUGGCAGUUGGUAUCGGAGAAUUCUCUGCCUAUAAACACGGUCGAUGAGUUUACGUUAAGUCGCAAGACUCCGUCAUUACAAUCUCUUAUACAAAAAGACACUACAACGAAUUUAGUCAAUGCAACCACCGCUAAAAUAUCAAAUAUUAAGAAGAACGGCAGAACGAGACCGAGGAGGAAAUUCUCCAUAUUACGAGAGAGGUUCGAACCGAAGACAAACUUACACUCCGAUGAAGAAAUCUUAUAUCAAUGCUCGGAAAAUCUAUCCCAAAACUUUGAUUCCAACAUAAUGAACGUGAGGAACCAGUUCGACGCUCACAGCGAUAGUUUAAAUAUAAAACCACCUCUGAAACAAUCAAACGAACUAUCGAAUGAUGUUAAAUGUAAUUCGAUACUAGAAUCUCAAACUUCUUCGAAAAAUCUCAAAGAUAAACGAUCUAUAUUCAUGAAGCAAGUACUAAGCCCGCCGAGGUUUAAUACCAAGCUCAAACAUAAGGUCUAACCGGUUCUACAUACUAAUUGUAUAAGUUCCUAUAUGGCAAAUUAAUCAUAUAUAAGAAAUAGUUAAAUAAGAUGUAACUACUUAAAAAGUCAAUAUCGACAUAGAUCUCAUCACAAGUGUAGUCAUUUUUAUACAAUUUACCGAAUAAACAUUUACCGGACGUCGGCCCAAUAUCGUAAGGUUCCUAAAACCACCCCUAAUAUUAAAAAAAUAUAUGACUGAAAACUAUUUAGUCUGUGUAAAUAGUUUUUAUAUUAUAUCAUUAAAGUUCCGAAACUAUAUUCAAUACUUUAACAGUGAUUUUGUCAAAGUUUUUAAAUCAUUGAAUGCAGAGCAUAAAAGUAUUUUUUAUUAAAAAAACAACAAACAUUGCUCUUAUCCUGUUUGUAUAUUUUCUGUUAAUGUGUUUGGACUAUUCAGAAUACACUAGAAUAUUGAAAACGUGUGCUUCCAUUGAUAUUAUGAGUUGUUUUGUAAAAGCAUUCCAAAAAUAAAAAAACUGUGAUGUAAGUGCCUUUAUUAUUUUUUUUUUUUGCCAGUAUUGUACAUUGUGAAGCUUUUUUUUGUAUAUAAUAAAGAUUUACAAUAAGAAAUAAAAGGUGUUGAUUAUUUCUUUUAAUAUUUAUUUUAACUAACAUAUUUCAGUAGCGAAUUAAAUCUUCUCGUUUGUUUUAUUUAUAUUCAAUUGACAUCUUUUUGUUUUUUUUUUGGUUUGUCUGUAGCUAUUAGGCCUAUUGGGUUUUACAGCGUCACCGGGA